AGCGCUGCCCCCGCCAGCUCCCUGCCCGCGGUGGCCGCAGCACGCUGGGCACCCACCCCGUCCGUCCCUGGCACCCCUCUCUCCCAUGCCAGGCGUCCAUCUGCGCCGUCCCUGGCACGGCGCCCGCGGGAACAAUGAGUGCAGCCAGCUCCUGCCCGCCCGGGGGGGCACACGCAGCUGCCCGUGCAGAACCGGGGGUGCAGCCCCCCCCGGGGACCCCUCCUGCCACAGCCCGGGGCUGGGUGUGGAGGGUGGGCGCUGCCCACUGUUUGCCUUGGCACCCUCAGCGCUGCCGGGGAAAUGCCAGGGAAGGGCCCCCGGAGGUUUUGUGUCCCCUCCCCGGCUCUUCUCUGGGCUCAGCAAACAGCACGAGUGGCUCCUCGGCAGCUGGAGUGGCCCCAGCCCUCCCCGGCCGCCCGGGAUCCUAUAAAUCCCCCCGGGGCCGGCCUGGCAGAGGGACAGGAGCGCGCGGAGAGAUGGACGACAGCUCCAAAGAGGCGCUGAUGGAGGAGGCACCUCCGAGGUACACGGAGUCCCCGCGCCUGUCCUGCAUCCCCCACGAGCUCAAGAGCCUCCUGCUCCUGGUGGCCCUGGUGGUGGUGGCCCUCGUGGUGGUCAACGUCACCUUCCUCCUGCUGGGGCUGCACCUCAGCGAGUCCCACGCCGAGACGGUGCUGCGGAUGACGGUGCAGGGGCUGGACGGGCAGGGCGGCCCGCAGCAGCUGGCCAUGAGCAAGAGGGAAAGGACCGGGACGUUCGCGGUGCGGGACGGGCUCAACGCCUCGGCCACGGUGGUGUACGACUACGGCAAGCUGCUGGUCGGCUACAGGUCCUGGCGUCACCGCGCCUGCUACAUCACCCGCGUGGACAAGGACAACUUCCCGGGGCUGGACGCUGUCACCGAGAGCUUCCAGCGCCGGCAGGAUGAGGACGCUGGGGACAAGGCCGUGCCCCUGGCUGACCGCUCCAUCCUGGGCACCACCAUCAACAUCCUCUGCAGCGCCGUGCCCGUGUUCUGGGUGCCUGGCCUGGGCUGCGGCCACGGCCGGAUGCUCCACCCUGCAGGGUUUGCUUUGGCCCUGCCACCUCGCUGCUGGGCAGCAGAGAAGUCCCCGUGCCUGGGGACAAGAGCCCUUGACCCAGUGCCCCCGGAGCCUCUCGAGCUGCGGUUCCCAGGGGUGUCCAGCUGGGAGUGGGCGCUCAGCAAACACCCCUGGAGUGGUCACAUGCCAGGGCCUGGCCGCACCCCAGGGCCACCAAACCCUUCACAGGGGCCGCUGCUGUCCCCACCCCAGGGUCCCAGUAUAAAGCUCCCAGUCCUGGCGGCCAGGCUGGGCUGGGAAUGGGAGGAGGAAGAAGAGGAGGAGGAGGAGGAGGAGGCAGCAGCCAUGGAGAGCAGCAUGAAGCAGGUGGUGCUUGAAGAGGAGGACUCGGGGAACGGCUGCUGCUGCCAAGGCUGCUGCUUGCGCUGCGCCGCGUGCUGCGCCAGAUGCUGCACCAAAUGCAGCUGGUGCUGCGCCAAGUGCUGCUGCCUGCCCAAGUGCUGCCGGUGCCCCAAGUGCCCCAAGUGUCUCAAGUGUCCCAAGUGUCCCGGCUGCGCCGGCUGCUCCGGCUGCCUCAAGAGGUCCCUGUGCUGCCUGCCCCGGCUGCUCUGUUACCUGCCCCGCAAGCUGCUGGGCUCCUGCGGCCGCCUGCGCUGCCUGCUCAUCGCCGCGCUCGUGGUGGUCCUGCUGGUGGUCGUCAUCGCCGUCGUCCUGCUGAUGCGGCUCAGCGUUGACCAGCACCGCGCCGACGCCGUGCUGCGGGCCGGUUUGUGGGCCGGAGCUGGCUGGGAAGAGGAGGAGGCCGCUUUCUACCUGGACGGCGGGGACGGGAAGGCAGCCACAGUGGUCUACGAUUACAGGAAUCUGCUGGUGAGCUACAGACCCCAACUGCACCACGCCUGCUUCGUGACCCGCGUGGACAAGGACAACGUCCCGGGGCUGGACACCGUGGUUGAGACCUUCCAGCGCCAGCAGGCCGAGGACAAGAUCUCCGUGCCUCUUUCUGACCGCUCGCUCCUGGGCACCACGGCGAGCAUCCUGUGCAGCCUCCUCCCUGUGUACUGGGCUUAGAGCCCGCAGGGUGGGCAGGGGGCCCGCGGGACCCCUGGGGGACCCCCGGGGACCCCCGCCCACCCGGCAGCACCCUCACAGCGCCAGCUUUGCCGUGCAGCGUCCCCGACAGGCGCGGCCCCGCCGGGAGCAUCGGCGGCUCCUCCGCGGCCGCCCCCGCGCCCCCCACGCCGAUUUUGGGG